AUGAGCGGUGCAAGGGGCGGGUGGGUGCCGGCCAGCGGCGAUGCCGAGGGCGUGCAGCAGUCAGAUGCGCGGCUGAUGAGCCCACCGGUCGCUUACCGCGCGGCAUACGACUCCAUCGGCGAACUACAAAAUAGCCUUCAGGGUUACGAGCAACAAGUGACCAAGGUUAUUCAGCAGAUCAACGCGCUUGCCGGCGUCGUUGACUCAAUGCAACAACACUAUGACGCCGUGGUAGAAGAGAAAGACUACAUACUUCGAUCCCUGGAUGCGGCAGAGGGGCGCAUGCAGGACGUCCAGCGUAUUGUCCAGCGGUAUGCCGCGGUGACGGAUCCUGUAGUGGCCUCUGACGGCUUCACGUAUGAGCGGGAUGUGAUAACGAAUUACUUCAACGAGUGCCAGGCCCAGAAGAACAUCCCGAUGUCGCAGCAGACCCAUACGGAGCUGACCAUGAUGCUCUUCCCAAAUCGCUCCUUCAAGCGUUUCCUUGAACAGCUGAUGGAGAGCAAACCAGUGGAAAUGCGACCGGACGCCAGCAGCAGCAGCCACACGGACCACGGCAGCAGCGCAACCGCGACUGGCCGAACGGCGGGUAACACUCAAAACAGUCACAAGGGCGAGGUGAGCAAUAAGGGCGGUGGCGCCGGAGCAAGCGGCGAACGCUUGCAUCCAUGCGUGCGUGUUUAUGGCUUUUGCAACUAUAAGGACUCCUGCGCCUACGCGCUGUACCCGUACGACGCUUGCCUCUCACAUUUGAAGGGAAAGUGCCGCUUUCGCUCCCAGUGCCACGAGCCGCACGUCGACUUCCACGGCCCGCGGAACCACGGGCCCGCCAAUGGUGGGUAG